AUGUCAUCAAGUUUAUUUAGAUCGAAACAAUACAAAUCAAAGAAGAAACUCAAAAACUUAACUAUUUCAAGUCCAUUAUUAUCAAAAGAGACUAAAACAACAACUACAGACUUUUCCACUUCAUAUCCUAGCUUAGUUUUAAUCUCAAAGUAUAAGUUCAAUAAAGAAAAUGCUAAUGAAAUUUCAAUAAACCCAAGACAAUAUUUUAAAUUGAUUGAAAAGCUAGGAAAUGGUUGGUUAAAAGUCAAAAGUUUAGAUUCUAAUCCCAUGGAAGGGCUAGUACCUGCUUCGUAUUUAGAAAUUGCAAUUAAUGAUACAAAUAACCCUAUCACAUUAUCGUGGUUACAUGAGUAUAAUAGCACAAACACUACCAAGACAUAUUUAAAAAUCUCCAUCAAUGAAGUUUUCCAAAAUUUAAAAUCCAAGAAAAUAUGGUACAAACUUAAAAUUAAAAUUAAUGAUUCUGAAUUCAUUUUUAUUGGUAAAUCAUAUCAACAAAUUUAUGACUUUCAUUUAAAAUUAGAAGAAAGAGAUGAUUACAUGGAUGAAGAUUUACCAAUUUUACCAUCUCCAUUAAUACGUACUUCAAUAUACCAUAGUCCAAAUUUGAAAUAUGACGUCAAGUAUUUAUCGGAGCUCAGAAGAAUGUGUUCCGACUUAAGUCAAUAUUUUGAAAAGUUACUCCUGUUGAACCUAAAAGAAUUUGAAACUGAAUUGUAUGAUUUUAUCUUUAAUGAUAAGUUUAUCAAGAGUGAUAAUGAGGAUAUUGAAAACAAAGAAUUUUUGAAUAACAUUAAUCCAGACUUGAAUAUGAUCAAUCUCGAUUUAAGUAAUUCACUCACAUACUCAACUACUGCUCCAUUACCAAAAAUUGAUACAAAUAGUACAAUACUUGAUAAAUCAUACAAAUUACACGAUCAAAAUAAAUAUUCUACUUACAAUUUGAAAAAUGAAAAGAAAAAUAGUAUUAACAGUAUAGUCAAUUCAAGCAGUAGCAAUACAUUAUCUAGUUAUACUUCAUUAAUUGAUAAAUAUGACAGUUCCAUGAUUAGUGAGAAUGAAGAAAGCUUAAGCUCAGAUUUUGAAAAGCCUGUAAAUUCGACUGUCGCAAAUUCAAGUUUAUCAGAAAGAUCAGAAAGAUCAAGUUCCAUACAUAGUAGUAAACACGAUAGUCUAUUUGAUGACACACCUACUAAUCCAAUAAUCACUCAAAAUGGAAAGAAUUAUACCCCACCCACUACACCAAUGACUAUAAAUUCACAAUGUUUUACUCCAACAAAUAAAAAUCAUAGUUUUACUUGUGAUACUUCAUUACCUAUAAAUGAAUUAGAUGAACUAAAAAUUGAGGAUGGAAAAGAGAAUAAAGAAAUAAUAGAUUCCACAAGUUCAUCACCAAGUUCAAAUGUCAAUGAUUUCACUAAAAUUAAAGUAUAUUUAAACAACAAACAAGAUGAUAUUGUAGCAUUGAAAAUUAAAAAAACUGAUUUGAUAUCGAUAGAAUAUUUGAAGAAAUUGUUAAGUUUCAAAAUCUACAGUGAUUGUAACUUGAUAAAUCAUUAUAAUUUAGUAUUAGACAAAUCAGAGAUUAAUGAUGAUAAAAUUGUACAAGACUCCGAAUUUUUAGACUAUUUGAAGAACAGUAAACAAGUAAAUCUUAGAUUAAUUAGACUUAGAAUUUCAGUUAUUAAUUAA